AUGCAAGAGAUCAAGAGAGAUCAACAACAGUUGCACAUGCUAUCCAGACGUGCUGCCUGUUGGUCAUAUAUAAAUGACAAGAUGAAACAGAUCAGCAUGAGUCUGAUGUUUGCCCGUAAACUGUUGACAGCCACAAGAUGUUCAAGUUUCUCAGGCAAGUCAGCCUCAGGUAACAGCUUCAGUGGAAGAAACAUAAAGACACCAAUUACAGUUUCCUUUGGCAGCAUUGUUAAUACAUCCAGAAAUGACAAGAUGACCAAAAUAUGGCCAUGCCUGACUGUUUAUGUCAGGCAUUUACAUGGAUGCCAAAGAGUGGGAUUUCAUUAUUCAGCAUCUUCCAGCCACAAGACAAUGAAAAGUUGCAUUGCAGCUGGGAAUCUCACAAGCCGUGGCAUGAUGCCCCAACUAUCAAACACAUCAGAUUAUUCAACUACAGUUUCACAAAGUUCAGCACUACCAGAUGUAUCCAAAAGUAUUUCAGCUUUGCAAGUAAAGAGACCAGCACGAAAGAAAACUCCCCCAGUGUCAGAGGAGGGCAGGGCACUGCAGAUGGACAAUGUGGUGGCAUAUGCUGUAGCAGAGGAAAUUAACCUAUCCGGUCUGGAGGCACAUAUUGCUAAACAAGGACUCUAUAGUGUGGGCAGGCUACCAGCAGAUGUAACAACGGCGCUACAUGUGAGGGGCAAGUACAACGUGGAACAGAGACCCAAGGAAAUAUUUGUCUUUGAAGAUGGAUCGGUUAUAUUUUGGUGUGUUCCUGAAAUUGAGAGAGGCACCUUCUUGAAGAUGUUAGGUAAAUUCUCCCAAGGAUCUUAUACACCAUCUUUGGUGCUCUAUGAAAGAGAGGAGAUGGACUUCACCUAUGCCAGGGGAAACACAAGCCUGUCUGGUGACUUAAUUCAGCUCAAGGAUGGUGCUGGGGACAGUCAGCACACCUUGUUGGAGAUGUAUGCUUUCUCUAAUGCUCUGGCACAGUCAGUCAAACUGGCAAUGUGGGAGGCUUCAUUCAACAAGUUUGUUGAAUCUAUUGAGAAUGUCACAGAGGACUUGCGUCUUGGUAGAAAAAUUAGCAUGUCAAGAGAACAGGUGCUGAAGAAAACAGGAGAAUUAUUCUCUCUAAGGAAUCGAAUCAACUUGAGCUCCGAUCUGUUGGACACCCCAGACUUCUACUGGGACAGAGAGGCUCUGGAGCCUUUAUAUGUCUCCCUGUGUAACUACUUGAGUAUUCCCAGGAGAACCAAGGUCAUGAACCAAAAAUUGAACCAUUGUUGUGAUCUGACGGAGUUACUGAUUACACAGCUGAACAACACACAUCAUGUGAGGCUGGAGGUCAUGAUUAUAAUCUUAAUUCUGGUUGAGGUGAUGUUUGAGAUCAUUCAUGUCAUGGAGAGGUACUGGACUCAGCCCGCAGCAGAGCCUGCCGUCAGCGCUGACACCAGCAAAGAGACCAGGGAGAUUCUGGUUCAUUAA